AUGAGGAGAGUGUGGCGUUUCGACGCAACAAAAACUUCAAUCCCUGUUUGGAGAACGCGAAUAUCUGCUCGAACGGCGGAAAAUGUGCGGCGGAAGGCGGAAAGUACGUCGUUUUUCAGUGGAAUUCCUAAAAUUUGACCCAAAACAUUUUCAGCUUCUAUUGUAUUUGUCCGGUGACGCACUACGGCAAAACGUGCGAACAUUUGGCGGAUCAGACGAACUGCGAACGUCAUUUGUGCCAAAAUAAUUCGACUUGUGUCAGGUUUGUGCCACUUUUCUGAAAUGUUUCAACAUUAUCCAUUGCGUUGCCGGCCCGCCGACUCCUCACGUAAUGCCCGCUGCACGCGCUCUCCUCACUGCCCUCCACCGCCGUCGCUUUCGGACGGAGAGAUGGCCGAGCGGUCCAAGGCGCUGGUUUAAGGCACCAGUCCCUUCGGGGGCGUGGGUUCGAAUCCCACUCUCUUCAGUACUUUUUUGCUUUCCUUCCUCUUUCAUACUUUCCGAGUUCAGCACAAAAUCCCGGAGAACCAUCGUGAAUACGGUCCUUUUGAAUCAACUCCGGGUCGAGAAGGGCGCACAAAAGGCCCUGGACGAUCGGGAAUUGGCGCUGAUCGAUUUGGAAGUGAAUUACGAGUGCAUCUGCCAAAAAGGCACGUUUGGCGCGUUGUGCGACGAGUCGGAAGCGGAUCGGACGUGCCGCGACGUCUAUUGUUUGGGUCGUGGCAAGGGAAAGUCGGACAAUAGCGGAAAGUGUUUGUGCGAGUGCGAAAAACAGUUUUUCGGCGAGCGGGUAAUCGAAUUUUCUUGUUUUCCCGCAAAAAUUAUGUAAUUUUUCGUUUAGUGCGAGCAAUUGUCCGCUUGUUUUGACACUUUAUGCGAAAAUGGAGGCAUUUGUCAAGAUGUGGUCGACGCGCAAGUGAGUUCUUGUUCCGAGGGACUUUUUUCCGGAAUUUUUGCGCAAAGUGCCGUAGGAUCUGGUACAAAGUCCGCAAACACCGAGAUCACGGACUUUGCGCCGGAUUUGACGGCAAAUCCCAAAAAAUUCCGGAAAUUGCAGGCAAAAACGAUAAGAGCGGUGUGCAAGUGUCCGGAAAAGGUGGAAAUCAUUGGGGCUACAGUAACCGGUGCGAUUUCUUGCCUACCGUAAUCCGCACCAACUUACUUUAAGGUGAAAACUGUGAAACUCUGCACAUCCCCACCGGAAUCGCAAAAGAACUACUUCCAUGUGAGCAAGGCCGAGAUUCGUUCACGUUUUUCAAAAAACUAAAGGCAAAGUGCGGCGAGAAGGAUUACUGUAGCUUUUCGCAACAAAAAAAACCACGGUUUUUUCCAGAAUCGACUUGUCGCUGAUGGCCGAAAUCGACGAGUUGGAGGCGAUUCAAAUGGACUAUCACGAUGGGAACAGUUCGAACGCAAAAAUGAGCGUUGGCUGGUGUCAAAACGCCGGAAAAUGCGUGGCCGAAGUUGUCCGCGGUGUGUCGUGUGAGAUGGCGGCGACCUCACGAAAAUCACCACAGUUUCAGUAAAAUCGGGCCGCGCGUAUUUCGUCCAUCGCUGCGAGUGUACGGACGCGCUCUCCGACGGCUACUAUUGUGAAUAUCGGCGGAGCGACGCGUGCUCGUUGCGCCGCGAAGAAGUUGCUCGCGGAGCGCGUUGGGACGAAAAGUGUACGGAUAUGCAACAUGGUGCAUGUGUGGAUAUUAUGGGCGAGCCCAAGUGUGUGUGAGUUUAAGUAAUCCGAAAAUCGGAAGAAAAGCGCACUUUCAGUUGCAAACCCGAUUAUACCGGCGAAUCGUGUGAAGUGUUCGAUCCGUGCGCCCGACAUCCUUGCAAGCACGGCGAUUGUAUUCCGGUGAGUCACACCGAUCCUACAGUACCCCCGUAAUCCUUUCAGACGCCGAGUUCGGCGGAUUCCUCGUUCGGCACACAACGUUUCCAGUGCCUCUGUCCGUUAUCCGCGAAAUUGGACGCGAACAAUAGCGAUUGUGUGCCGAUUAUCGACAAAAAGUGUGGUGCGGGCGUGUGUGGGAACGGACGGUGCGUUCCGUGCGAUUCGGAUAUCUCAGCCGCCGACGACGAUCUGAUGCCGCUGUGCAAUUUGAACGAAAACGCGCAAGGAUUCCGAUGUCUCUGCGAGGCCGGAUAUCUUCCGCCCGUCUGCAAAGUGCACACGAAUCCGUGCCAUCAAAAUUUGUGCCAGAAUAGUGCCACGUGUCGAGUGAACGAGGCGCAAAAGAGCUACGAGUGAGUGAUUUUGCACUAAAACCGUUUUUCCCCCCAGAAAUUUUUGCGGAAUUUUCGAGUCCGCGAGACAAAAGGUCGGAAAAGCAGACUUGCCAAAUUACGGGCCGGCCCGGCCCGGUCGGCCCGGCUCAAAAGGCGCGAAUUCAAAUUUUUGGGGGAAAUUUAUUUUUUCGGGGAUCAAAAUUUAAAAAAAAACUACGACACUCCGACAUUACGCUCGCGGAGGAAAAUUCUACUAGUGCUCAAUAAAAAUCGUUAUUAUUUUCUUCUUUUUUAAUUGUUACUUUUGCUUUGAUGUCAAUAAAAACUAUUUUUGAGAACUACAUUUCUUUUUUAUGCUCGAUACUUGCAAAAUUCGUUAGUUUUACGAAAAACAAACAUUUUAUUUAUUCAAUAGUUCAAAAUUUGGAUUCCCGCUUUUUGAACUGGGCCGACCGGGCCGGGCCGGGCCGGAGUUUUGAAAAUUUUGGCCCGGCCCGGCCCGGCCCGUGGCAACUCUGGAAAAAGGUGAUAAAAAGUCGGAAAAAAGUGACAAAAAGUCGGAAAAAAUGCCAAAAGGUCGGAAAAAAAUGCCAAAAGGUCGAAAAAAUGCCAAAAGGUCGGAAAAAAGUGACAAAAAGUCGGAAAAAAUGCCAAAAGGUCGGAAAAAAAUGCCAAAAGGUCGAAAAAAUGCCAAAAGGUCGGAAAAAAGUGACAAAAAGUCGGAAAAAAUGCCAAAAGGUAGCAAAAAAUGCCAAAAGGUAGCAAAAAAUGCCAAAAGGUCGGAAGAAAUGCCGAAAAGUCGGAAAAAAAUGCCAAAAGGUCGGAAAAAAGUGACAAAAAGUUGGAAAAAAUGCCAAAAGGUCGGAAAAAAUUACAUAAAGUCAGAAAACAGAUAUUUUAGCUUUUGUUACUUUUUUCCGACAUUUUUGGUUUUCCGACUUUUUGUCAUGGACUCGAAUUUUCAGUUGUAUCUGCUUGAACGGCACUCGGGGCACACUUUGCGAGACUAUCGUCGAUUCGUGUGACGCUUUUGGUAGUUUUUGGCCCACACUCGCCCCUUUCUAAUUAUCGUCAUUUCACCGCACAGGAAACAAUGUUUGUGAGCACGGAGUGUGCGUGAACGACGAGUAUUUCCAUCGCGGAUUCUCGUGCGAUUGCGACGACAAUUUCGAGGGUCUCAAUUGUGACGUGGCACUUUCCAGCGUCGAAACUCUGUUUCGCAGGGUUCAGGUGACUUUGCAAAAUGUUUUUUAAUAUUUUUCUCGCAAAAUGUCGUCAAAUCGGAUGCAAAGUCUGCAAACACUGCUACGGACUUUGCACCAGACUUGACGACAAUUUUGCGGAAAAGCCCUAAAAAAAUGCCAAUUUUUCUAGAAACACUACGAAUAUUCGCUUCCGCUCUCCGUCUGCGUCGUCACCCUUCUCCUCCUCUUUCUAAUCAUUUUGGCCGGAAACAGAGGUCGUGGAGGGCAAAAAUUGGCGGAAAAUCCAUAA